AUGCCUGACGUUAAAAGAAAUGUCAGAUUGGUGACCGAGCAGCACAUCGUGAACAAAGACUCCGGCGUUGAAGGAUUCCCCCUCCGAUCAUGGUCAAUUGAGAUCUACGUUGUCAAUGAGCACGGCGAGCAGGUGCCUGCGAAUGUCUUCGAUAAAGUGACAUACACGCUGCACCCUAGUUUCGGCGACAGGGCCAUUCAGACCUUCAAGAAUCCCCCCUUCAGAAUCUCAGAGGAAGGAUGGGGUGAGUUCGAUAUGCAAAUAGGACUCACUGCUGCCGACAAGGAGCAUUUCGUUACGCACGACCUGAACUUUGCUCAGCCCCGUUACGAAUCCAAGCACGUCAUUACGUUCAAGAACCCCAAGCCUGCCCUACUAGCCCUCCUCCGCGAAUCCGGACCCGUCCCAGGAGACGAAAAUGGCGUGAAGUCGAAACGCGCCGCAGCCGGAGAGGAGGGAUCCAAGAAGAAGAAGCGCACAGAGAAGAGUGUUGACAUGGACAAGCUGGCCGACGGUCUGCAGCGACUCGGCGAAGAUGACCUCCUCCAGGUAGUACAGAUGGUGCACGACAACAAAGCCCCAGACUCGUAUACCAAGAACGAUGUUGAGCAGGGAGAAUUCCACGUCGACCUAUAUACGCUUCCAGACACCCUAAUCAAGAUGCUGUGGGAUUUCACGCAGGAGAAAGGCGCUUUGUGA